AUGGGGGGCGGGGGCGGCGGCGCCCUCAACAAGCUCUUUCCGGGCUACAAGGACAAAAUAUGGAUGAAGGUCCCCGCACAGUGGCGGGAGCGGCUGGUGCGCCACUGGAACACGACUUACGAGAGGCAGGUCUACGCGCAGUGCGUGGUGUUCAACCAGCGGCUGCAGACCUACAGCAAGACAGUGCUGGACCCGCUGCGCCCCGACGAGAAGUACAGCCUUCCUGCCGUUGACUACAAAAGGCAGAAGGCUAGGGGGACUUUGGUGGAAGGUGCGGACUUUUAUAUUCCCGACAAACACGCACAGAACCGCUUAGCCCGCCCUUUCGAGCCGUACACGGAGGAGGAGCAGGAAACGCGCCAGCGCUACAAGUACCAGAACUUGGGCUUUUACUUGGCGGUGGCUCUGGGUGCUUCCUUCGUGCACGACUGCUUCUACCAGCGCCGCCCCGUUUGCUGGUGCCUCGAGAAGGAGCCCCCGAGGCCUCCGCAUUAUCCUUUUUGGUUUAAAUCUAUUUUCCACUCCCACGACAUUCCGUCCGUCCGUCGCGGCUACGAAGUCUACAGGAAGGUCUGCUCCACCUGCCACUCCAUGGAGCAGCUGCACUUCCGCCACCUGGUGGGGGAGGUGCUGCCGGAGCUGCGGGUGAAGCAAAUUGCUGCAGAGUACGACGUCGAGGACGGCCCCAACGACAGCGGCGAAAUGUACACGAGGCCGGGCGUGGCUGGCGACGCCUUUCCCAAGCCGUAUCCCAACGAGGAGGCUGCGCGUUUCGCCAACAACGGCGCCUACCCCCCAGACCUCUCGCUGAUCACCGGCGCCCGCAUGCACGGGCCCGACUACAUCAUGGCUUUGCUGAACGGCUACCACGAGCCGCCCAUGGGCGUCGAGCUGCGUCCUGGGCUGUACUGGAACGUGUGGUUUCCGGGAAACGCCAUUGCCAUGGCUCCGCCGCUGCAGGACGAAAUGAUUGAAUACGAAGACGGCACUCCCUGCAACGUUUCCCAGAUGUCGAAAGACGUGGUGAACUUCCUCACCUGGGCCACUGAGCCCACCUGCGACGAACGCAAGCUGUUUGGUUUGAAGGCCGUGAGCGCGGCGCUGCUGGGCUGCGCGCUGAUGACUGUUUGGUGGCGUUUCUUUUGGGUCAUUUACGCCACUCGCCGCAUUGACUUCGGCAAGCUCAAGUACCUGUGA